GUUAAGCUCAGUACAGAUUCUUUAUAUCAGAAUUGGCACCACUGUUGUGUAAAUACACAGCAAAAGUUUGAGAAAUCGUGCGUGUUAUCAACCCCAUCAGCGAUUAUUUUCAAUGAAAGACUAGAACUAAUUUGGGAAUAUACUAUAGUAAUUGAGUGUAAGUGUAUAAAAAGGUCCACCAACCUGUUGUCCACAUUACUGAAGAUGGGUGGCUGUAAUUUGGGGAGGCAAUUUCGCACACUACGGUACGUUAAGCAGUAAUCAGGACCCAACAAGCGGUGGUCGUUGAUUUACUACUGUAACCAAUAUAGAACUUAAUUUUAGAGUACCUAUUAUAUUAAAUGAUGGGUCGUUCUCACUCUCGCUACAGCUCUUCAAAUUCAUCAAAUGAAAAGCAUAAAACAUAUCACACAAAACCCCACAGUCGUUCACAUCGUAAGAAACUCAAAAGAAAAUCAGUCAAUCGGAAUGCAUCGAAUAGCCGACAAAAAGAUAAAAUACUCAAUCUUACUCAAAAAGUGUGCAAUAUGGUUGAUGCUGAUAAGAAGCGUAAUCGUUCUGAAAAGCAUAAGAAUAAAUUGACAUCUUGUGGAUGUCCAUAUAAUUGUGAAGACGAGAUACUGACAUUACGUAACAGCAUUGAGAACCUUCGUUCCGGUUUAAGUCUUUGUCACAAAGAAAGGCCAAUUUUUCAGCUCGAUCAUUUUGUUGACGAUCAUUAUCAGCUUCUUUCUGAAGCUUGGAUUUCUAUCGGUCCAUCUAAGCUCAAAGAUCUAGUGUCUGCUAAUUUACUGUCGAUAUGUGCUCGACGAGAGCGUAGGGAUAUGAAACAUUCAUCUGGUAAAAAUUCCAAGGUUUCAUGUGUUGUCCAACCCUAUGUAUCUUUUGACGGAAGUGACUACCAACUUGGGAUCUCGGAGUUGUGGCAUAGAUGUAUUCAGGAGCUGAACGACUUGUCAAUCGACCAAAUAAAAGCCAUUCUAAGUGGAACAAUGAACCUUGAUCCGGUUGAAUUAGUUCGUCAUCCUAGUAACAAAAGUGAGAUUGUCAGCUCCGAAAAAGAUAACUGCUCUCAUUCUCCUAAACUAAAUCCAGUAUGUGAAAAGAAUUCUGAAAUGCAAGUUCACGAUGCUGAUUCAACUACUGCCUUGUGUUCAGUACUUGAAAAUCAAUUUGAUGUUCAAAAAGCUAAUGAUCAUGGGAUUAUUGAUGAUAAACUUUACACAAAUUCGGAAUCAUUUACAAAAUCCUGGUCUUCUACAAGUCCAAAAGACUGUAGAAUUGAGGAAAAACAUUCAACUGGAGAAACUGGCUGUAUUUCAGAUUCAAAGGAUUUAGUAGAUUUAGUUCAUCAAGAAAUUACAGAACUUGAAAUGCGAGCACGAGCUAUUCGUGCAAUGCUUAAAACUAAAUCGAAUCAACUCAAAUCAUAAAUUUGUAAAUUUAUUCUUGAAGCAUAAACAUGUCAUCUAUCACUUGUUUCAUUCGUCUUUAUAUAUACAUCGUUAUCACUAUGGUUAUUAUUAUAAAACAUUGUUUUCACCAAAUCGUAUGUUUCGAUUUCUUCACCCCAUUUUAUUUCCUUUCCCCGUUUGUGUGUGUGUGUGUGUUUGUAUAUAUACAUCCCGGUUAUUUUCCUACUAUUUGUAUUAUGAAACAGACCAACUAUUCACGUAUAUACAUAUAUUAGUUUAAUUCUUAUAUCAUUUCUAUUUGUUGUUUAUAUUAUCUACCAUUCGGUUUGUUAUACUCAAUGAAAUGAGAUUAUGUACAUUAAUAAAAUUUCAAUAAAUAUAUACUUGCCCCCCCCUC